AUGGAGGAGAAAGAGGAUGGGUUUAGCCUUGCAAGACACGUGUCGGAUAAAGAUGAGGCUGACAACGAAGAAAAGGAUGAGCGCAAGGACAAGGAAGAGGAUGAGUAUGAUGUUGAGGGGGAGAAUUCAUCGCUGCUGGCUUCGAUACCAGAGGAAAGCGAAUUCGCUAGGUUACUCCGGGAGAUUCACAUGUUCUCAUGUUCGACUGGUUCAAGCACUGGCAGUGAGAAGGAGAAGGAGGAUAAUGACGAAUCCGAGAUCUCGCAAGCAUCUGAGCUUCCGGAAGAGCAAAACGGGUCGAGCAACGCAUCUGAAGUCUCGCUAGAGGAACGUGACGAAUAUUCGACGACUCAUGAUGCUCUAGGAUUGCGGAAUGCAAGGUCGUUGCACGGACGGUUAUUGCCCGAAACGAUCCCGGCUGUUGUGCUUUGUGAGAGCUUGUAUGUACAUCAGCGGUUCGCUGCCGGCUGUUACACGACGGACUGGGAGACAGGCAACGGCAAGAAGCGAAAGAAGAACCAUGCGAUGCCUCGAAAUAGCGACUGGUGA